AUGAGUGUUUGUGUUCCGAACGAUCCUGAAGAAAAGAUAAGAAUCGACGAUUUUAAUGUGCAUACAUGUAAUCCGGAAGAUACGCGACUAAGAAGGCGUGCUAAACCUCGGAUUGAAGAUUUUAGUAAGCCAAUAAUAGAAAGGCGUCGUACACCAAUGGUACCAAAUGGCAGGCGAGAAGACGCAAUACCGUAUCCAUUUAAUGACUCAAUGACGCAUUUCCUGAAUGGGCUCAAUGACCAUUUUGAAGUUGAAAACGAUUUGGAGAUUGCUGAUCAGGACGAGUACGGAAUGGGACCUAAUGAGAAUCUGGCGAAAUUCAUUUCAGAAUUUGAUGAGGGCGCCAAACCGUCUACCAGCGGCCAGCCAAGCUCGCCAAAUGUUUGGUCAACGGUCGAUGUCGAAAUUGUUGAUUUUUCAAAACGUCCUGAUCCACCCUUCACAUAUAUUUUUCACGCCAAGGAUGAGGUUUCACAGUAUACUUACGCUUGUCCACUGAUUAAUAAUCAACCGGAAGUGGUGGCUGAUGCUUUGUCAAACCUGCUAUUCCUAUUCGGAGCUCCGAAAACAAUUAAAUUGGACUCCUGUUAUCGAGGUUUCCUGGAGAAAGUGGUUGCAGAAAAGUUUCCGUCUACACAGUUGGUCUUUUAUGCAGAGAACAAAAAUAAGCAAGGUGUCGUGGCCCCGAGACGAGAAGAGACGAUGAUUCGUGAGCGGAUUUAUGCAUGGCUAAUGGAAAAUGGAAAAUUGAAUUGGUGCAAGUAUUUGAAUGAAAUCAAGUACAUGCACAAUUCGGAAUGGAUAGAAGAAUUAGGUGGUACUCCUUUGGAUUUGUUCUUUGGUCGUUCACGUCGUCUGGAAAAUAACCGGAAACGAAAAGCGGACGGUGCUGUUCAGGACGACGAUACACUAAGCGACAGUUUCACGAACAAUUCCAACGAAGUGAAGGAUGAAUCAUCGUCGUUGUACUCAGUUGAAGUUAUGAAAAAGCAGCAACAGUCAAAUGGAUAUCCAGCAAUGAAAUCACCAAAAUGUGAAGAAUGA